UCUUCUUCAGUUCAUGCAAACUGUCGAGCAGUUCAAAGAAAAAAGGUGCACUCACAAAAGUUCAAUGCCUCUCUUGCUAGUUGCUACUACUUAACUUUUCCACAAACCCCUUCCCUUCUUCUCCCCCUAUUUUAUCGUUCUUGUAUUCGUACUUGUUCUUUUCCUCUUGACCAAUCUCUUUUGUACCCUCAUAUCAUUUUCUGACCACUUAUACUUUCACCAAUUAUUUCUUGUUUUCACAUGUCACUUGUAUUGUUUUAAUCUGUUCCUAGUUUUUAGUUUUUACCCUUCCAUUUCCCCAUCCCGGUUCUUGCUGUAAAAUUAGUUACAUUAAUCAAAUUCCUAAUAAUUUAAUAAUGCCACAGCUACAAUUACAAAUUACAACUACUAGUAGUUACUAUGACUAACACAGGUAUUAAUUAUUGCAUUUGUUUUAGUCAAUGCAGUUUGCAGAGGGAAACAUGCCAGAGCCUUAAAGACAAAGCUCUCUCACCAUUCCCACGCAGCAACAACAGCAUGAAUGAACAUUACAAGGCCCAAUCUUAAAGCAUUUUUGUUCACACACACUCGCACACUCUCUCUAUCUUUGUUUCUCUCUCCUCACCGAUAUAAAUUUCUGCAAUACACCCGAACAAGUUCUCCCUUCCAACAUUCCCAUAUCUCCCAUAGACUGUGAGUAACCACCCAAAAGAAAAGAGGGAAAGAAAAACACAAAUUUACUAUAAGAAAAUAGGGAAAAUAGAAAGGGAAAUACAGAACAAAAGAUAGAGCAAAAUUAACAUGAACAAACAACUCAAUUUCCGCUGGCUCUUUAUCCUAAUCCUCUUCUUAUCAACAUCACCAUUUCUUCUCAGUGUUUCCUCCGACGCGAACGGCGGAGGCGGCGCCACCAACCCAUUCACCCCGAAGGCCUCUCUGCUUCGCUAUUGGGACAAGGAGAUCCGCAACAACGUCCCGAAGCCAAACUUCCUCCUCUCAAAGGCGUCCCCGUUAACCGCCGUAGACGCAGCCGCAUUCUCAAAACUCGCCGGCUCCGGAGGCGGAAUCGCACUCUCCACGCGCCUCCCGGAGUUCUGUGCCGCCGCGAACCUCCUCUGCUUCCCGGACCUUGGAGCCUCGCUGGAGAAGCACGACAAGGACGCCAACUUCGCCGGCUACGGAGACAAGAACUUCACCAACUACGGAACGAGUCGACCCGGUGGUUCCGACGCGUUCAAGAAGUACUCCGACGACGCCAACAUCCCCGUCAACGACUUCCGCCGCUACGGCCGCGACUCUGCCGGCCAUUCCGAGAGUUUCAGCAGCUACGCCACCGACGGCAAUGUUGUCGACCAAUCCUUCCACACCUACGGCUCCAGCGCCGCAGGAGGAGGCGGCGAUUUCCGCGGCUAUGCCUCCGGUGUCAACGUCCCUAACCUGGGGUUCACAUCCUACUCUGAUCACGCCACCGGAAGAACCCAAUCCUUCAAUUCAUACUCAGAAAACGGCAAUGCUGGACAACAAUCCUUCACCUCUUAUGGCAAAAACGGGAACAAACCCGAGAACACGUUCACAGGGUACGGAACUGAGUCCAACGUUGUCGGGUCCGGGUUCUCUAACUAUGCUGAAACCGCCAACGCCGGCAACGACACGUUCAAAGGGUACGGCGUGAAUAUGAACAACCCAACCAACACUUUCUCAAACUACGCCAGCGGCGGAAACGGCGCCGUGGAGAGCUUCACCACCUACAGAGAGCAAUCCAAUGUGGGUGCAGAUUCUUUCACCUCUUACGCCAAAGGCACCAACGCCGCCAAAGUGGAGUUCAGCAACUACGGAAAAUCGUUCAACGAAGGAACUGACACGUUCUCAGGCUACGGAAAAGGUUCCACCGGAAAAACCGAGGUUGGGUUCACUGGCUAUGGAGUCAACAACACCUUCAAGGAUUACACAAAAGACGGAAUGUCAUUCGCGAGGUACACAAAUGUGAGUUCUGGUUCUGGUUUGGGUUCUUCUCUAGUGAAAACGAAGGAUUCUGGUAUCAGUGGCAGUUUGGUAAAUAAGUGGGUAGAACCGGGCAAAUUCUUCAGAGAGAAGAUGAUAAAAGAAGGUACCGUGAUGCCCAUCCCUGACAUUAGGGAUAAAAUGCCUAAAAGGUCGUUUUUGCCCCGGACCAUAUUGUCGAAACUACCCUUCUCUACUUCUAAGAUCCCUGAACUGAAGCAGAUUUUCAAAGCCUCAGACAACGGUUCCAUGGAGAAGAUGAUGAGAGAGUCAUUGCAAGAGUGCGAGAGGGUCCCAUCGCCCGGGGAAACGAAACGGUGCGUUGGAUCGAUGGAGGACAUGAUCGACUUUGCAACUUCGGUUUUGGGUCGGAACGUUGCGGUUCGGUCAACCCUGAACGUAAACGGGUCGAAGAAGAAUGUGUUGGUGGGUAAGGUUAUUGGGAUCAAUGGUGGAAGGGUCACGCAGUCUGUGUCGUGUCAUCAAAGUUUGUUUCCUUAUUUGUUGUAUUAUUGUCAUUCGGUUCCGAAGGUCCGGGUUUACGAAGCGGAUCUACUUGACCCGAAAAGUAAGGAUAAGGUUAACCACGGUGUUGCUAUUUGUCACUUGGAUACCUCGGCUUGGAGCCCCACUCAUGGUGCAUUCCUUUCUCUUGGGUCGGGUCCGGGUCGGAUUGAAGUUUGUCAUUGGAUCUUUGAGAAUGACAUGACUUGGACCAUUGCUGAUUGAGUGAAAAGGAGUUGAUAAAAUGUGUGAAGAGUAUGGAGAAGAACAAAAAUUUCUGCUAAGAAAGUUUAGCAGGAAAAUUAUAUUUUUAAGUAUUUAUGGUUUUUAUUUUGUUAAUUUUUUUUGGAUAUUUUUAGAUUUGACAGAAAAGUUUAAAUUAUGUUUCCUUACAUCUGGAAGAAGGUAUAUUUAUAUGAUUAUUAUUAUUAUUAUUAUUAUUACUCAAA